GGUGUCGGGGACAGCGGGGCGCCGAGGUGCCCCAGGCCAGGGUCAGGUGGGCGCCGGAGCCCCGCGCCGUCCGCGGGGAUGAGCGCGCAGUCCGUGCCGCCCGCCCGCCGGCUCGCUCCGAAGCGGCUCCGGGAGAAAGUGGCGGUCAGGGAUGGAGCUGCUGCCAUGACAACCCCGGCGGUCGGGGGCCGCGCGCGUCGGGGCUGCUCCUGGGAGGAAGGCGGCGCGGAGGCCGGGGGCGGCCGCUGAGCGUGGCGUCCGCGCGUCCCCGCGUCCCGUGCCGCGUCCCCGGAGGAGGCGGGGGCCGCCGUCCGCCCAGCUCCCCGCGCCCGGAGCCUGCGCCGGGGGGCUGGCGAGCGCGGGCCGGGCUGGCCGCGAGGCGCCGACCGCUGGGAGCACCGCCGCCGACCGAGGAUCCGCGCUGCGCCGGUUGCGUCCCCGCCUGGAACUUUUUUUGCCUCCGCUGGGCUCCAGAUGCGAGACUUGGGGCUGGUUUAUAAAUAUUUCUAUACAUAUAUGUGAUCUAAUAAAACAUUUUCUCCUCUCCUUGAGGCAGCAGCUUUUUAUGACAUCUUCUUUAUGUCAGAGACACUUGCCUUCUUCUUUGGGUUAUAAACUUUUGAUGCCAGACCUCUGCAGAACGUGCCCAACUGAAUCUUAAAGUAGCGUCUUGAAGAGAGGGGCCGAGGAGGCGCAAUCCGUGACCUUCAUCCCCGCACCUGCCUUCCUCCUCCCCCUUCCUGGCUGCCUCCCUCCUCCCCAGGGGAGUGUCGAGAAAGCUCUUUUUUGGAUGCAGGAGGGGGCCUCUGGUUCUGCUGGGCUGGAAAGCUGAGGCAGGAUUUGAGCAAGAAUUAUUAGACUCCGGAGAGCCUGGACUCCUUUCUCCUUCCUCUUUUCUGCUCCUGGCGCGCUCUCUCCCGCUCCUUUCUCCCCACGCCACUUCCUGAGACCGGCUGGUGUGCGGGGCGGGGGACCAGGACCGCGCCGCUGCCGGAGUUCUGGGAAGUUGUGGCUGUCGAGGAUGGGGGUCUGUGGGUACCUGUUCCUGCCCUGGAAGUGCCUCGUGGUCGUGUCUCUCAGGCUGCUGUUCCUUGUACCCACAGGAGUGCCGGUGCGCAGCGGAGAUGCCACCUUCCCCAAAGCUAUGGACAACGUGACGGUCCGGCAGGGGGAGAGCGCCACCCUCAGGUGUACAAUAGACGACCGGGUCACCCGGGUGGCCUGGCUGAACCGCAGCACCAUCCUCUACGCCGGGAAUGACAAAUGGUCCAUAGACCCGCGAGUGAUCAUCCUGGUCAACACGCCGACCCAGUACAGCAUCAUGAUCCAGAAUGUGGACGUGUAUGACGAAGGUCCAUAUACCUGCUCUGUGCAGACAGACAAUCACCCCAAAACUUCCCGGGUCCACCUCAUAGUGCAAGUUCCUCCCCAGAUCAUGAACAUCUCCUCGGACGUCACGGUGAAUGAGGGAAGCAGUGUGACCCUGCUGUGUCUUGCUAUUGGCAGACCAGAGCCAACUGUGACAUGGAGACACCUGUCAGUCAAAGAAGGCCAGGGCUUUGUAAGUGAGGAUGAAUACCUGGAAAUCUCAGACAUCAAACGCGACCAGUCUGGGGAGUAUGAAUGCAGCGCCUUGAAUGAUGUGGCCGCACCCGAUGUGAGGAAAGUAAAAAUCACUGUAAACUAUCCUCCAUAUAUAUCAAGAGCCAAGAACACUGGUGUUUCAGUUGGUCAGAAGGGAAUCCUGAGCUGUGAAGCCUCUGCGGUCCCCAUGGCUGAAUUCCAGUGGUUCAAGGAAGACACCAGGUUAGCCACUGGCCUGGAUGGUAUGAGGAUUGAGAAUAAAGGCCACAUGUCCACGUUGACCUUCUUCAAUGUUUCAGAAAAGGAUUAUGGAAACUACACUUGUGUGGCCGCAAACAAGCUUGGGAACACCAACGCCAGCAUCACAUUGUAUGAAAUAAGCCCCUCAUCAGCAGUGGCAGGGCCUGGAGCAGUCAUUGAUGGUGUAAACUCGGCCUCUAGAGCGCUGGCUUGUCUCUGGCUAUCAGGGACCCUCUUUGCCCACUUCUUCAUCAAGUUUUGAUAAGAAAUCGUAGGUCCUCUGAGCAACACCUGUUUCUCCAUAUCACAGACUUUUAUCUGCACUGCGGAGGGCAAACCAGUUUGGGCUUCUUUUUGUUUCUAUUAUUCUUAGUGAUUUCUCUUUUCUUUUUCCUUUUUCUUUUUGUGUUUGUUUAUUUGCUUUUGUUUCCCGGUUGGAAUGAGUGGGGUUAGGGGGGAGGGGCGGGCAGGGUUCUACCAUGUGUGGGAUAAUCAUUCAUUGGUGUGUCCAAAAAUGAGAUCUCUUCUGCUACCUUGGCCCUUCCCUUUCCUCUGCGCCUCUCCCUGUCAUUACCACCAUCCUCCCCACACAUACACACCAAAACAUGAAGUUCCAUUUGGGUGAAAAAUGUGCCUCAUGACAAACACCCUAAAGACACGCCCUGACUCAUAACGUACUACGCAGCCAGAGUCACAGCCAAGUGUCCUAUUCUCUGUAUCUGUUUAGCUUUGGGUCAUUUUCCUGACUAUAAUGUACAUAUCCCUUCCUAUGUUUAUUACUAUUACCUAACUCCAUUAGGGUUCACAGCUUUUCUUUCUCGGAGGCUAUCUUGGUAUAUCCAUAUCUAAUACAGAUAUAGAUAUAUUUAGAUCAUUUUGCCAUCUUCUGUAGCCAUUCUGCCCUAUUAUUUCUUUUACCAGAUAUGGGGAUUAGAGCAGUGGUUCUCAACCUUCCUAAUGCCGCAAUGUAUUUUCAUUGUUAGAAAGGGGUUGCGACCCACAGGUUGAGAACUGCUAGAUUAGAGGUUGGGGGCCCUGCACACAACCCAGAACUAAAAAUUUAAAAAUCAAGUCACCAAAAAAAAAAAAAAAAAAAAGAGGAAGAGAUAUUUGCAGCAUAGCGCUUUUCUUUUUUAAAAAUGCUAUUCACCUCAUAGAAGUGAUUGAUAGAUGGCUGAUUUAUUUAGGUUUUAUCAAGCUAUCUAUCAAAGUAAUCAUACGGUUAUCCAUCUACUCAAUUGUCUGAUUUAUCUCUCCAUCCAAUGAUCUACCCACCUGUCGUCCUCUCUCACAAUCUGUUUAUUCCAUUUAUCAAUCUAUCAAUGUAAUUGUCCAACAUUUCUUUCUAUUUCUCUUCCCACUACUAAUUCAUCACCAUAUUAAUCUCGAAUCAUCCUGUGUCCUUCUCACCGCAUUCAUUUCUUCUCCACAUCAGCAGAUAUUGGCAUCUUCAUAACUGCCUAUAAACAUCUCAUGUGAAAGCCAAUGAUCUCAUAGGCUCACAAUACAAAAGAGCAAUACCCUGUGUCAUGGACUCUUUAAAAUCUGGUAUCCUAUCCACCCAAGGUAGAUGCUAACAGAUGGACCAAAGCAGUAUUCUAACGAUCAGUCACUCACUGUUCCCAGAAGAGACUAUAUUUUCUAAAACAUCUUGAGAAGGAGAUCAGCCCUGGAAAAGUCUUGAUUUGUACAGUGAUUCUCCUUUCACACUUGAAGGACUAAACUAUCAACCCUCACGCUUCUCUUAGCCCUUCAAGAAAGUGCACAUCAGGAAGCAACGGGACCUACUCCAUGGCUGGCUUUCUUUACCAACAAGAACAUAAGAGGGAAAAAAUCCACAUCUGUCUCUGCAAUGUGAACAGUCCACUCGUCUGAGUGUGAAGGCUUCAGCAAGUAUCUCCUCUCUGCUCCAGUUCUGGUUGAAUCUGUUUGAACACUAUCCAGCCAAAAGCCUAUGGAGGCCAAUUACAUGAUGGGUGUGUUGACGACUCUGGUGUUUGUUUCAGGAAGCUCUUCUGAGCUGAGGGCACUUGAGCAACCGACUUAAUUUUCAAGCACUUGAUUAACACCACACUGCAAACAGAAGGGGAACGUGGAAGUGACAUAGCCUCCUCCUAGGCAGGCUGAUUCUCCAGUGGCCUUGGGGAAGAACGUCCUCAGCUCCCCAAGUUUGAAGUAGACCCAGCAUACAAAAGGAGAAUCCCUGAUCUUGCUGCUUUGUGUGCUGGGAUGAGAAAGACUCGUCCAGCAAAGGUGCUUGGGAUUCAAAAGAAAGGGGAUGCUGCAGGGGCUGACCUGCUGGGGUCGAGAAAGUGGCAUCUGCAAGGACUUCCUCACAGACCCUGCCUCAGUUGGAAAACCUUUCCAGGUCCUCAGUCUACAACACAAAACACAAGAGCUCCAUAGAGUUCCAUUUCUUCAGUACUUAACUGACCUUCUAUCUCCAAUUGUUGAUGCCCACUUUGUUCCUGUCCACUACGGCACAUGAACAAAACAUCUACAGUGGAGAAAUGUACACAUAGAUAUAUAUACAUGCAUAUAUACGGGCAUACAAAUGUAGGCUGUCUUAGCAUACAAAAAGCUGAGUACUGUCUUCAGAGGUAGAGCUGGUGUGAGUGCAAUUAAUAUUACAUUUGCCAGCUGUAAACAGACAUCUGCAUUUCCUAGUGAGCUGCCAGCAACCAGAUUCUGGGAACACAAAUGAUGUGCCAAAGGCAGCGUAUCGAUUCCAAGUUCCAGGGAUGAUGAUGAGCGGGCGCAGAAUCAGAAAUAAAGGUCGGGCAUUGAUGUUCCAGAUCUGUCACCACACUGAGCAUCUGGAGUCGGUCUAGUGUCAGUGUCUGAGAAUUUAAUGUUAUCAUCUGAGUGUGCUACUGAUAAUGAAUUCGUUACUUUGGAAUAAAACAAAUCGGAAGGCUCAGCAAAUGGACAGCCUUGGAGAACCCAAUGCUUGAAAUGGACAAGCUGUAUCAGUUUCUUACUCCAAGACUUAUUCUAAAGGAUGGAGUUCAUUCUCCCUUGGCCAAGAUCGUUAAAACCUUUCAGACCUGACAAGGGUGGUCUCAGGAUCGCUAUGGAACUUUUCUCUGACCCCUGCUUUGGAGCUGGGGAUGUAUCUCUGGUGGUAACCUACUCCAGCAGUUUCCAAGGAGAUUGGAAUGUAUGGUCAAUCUUCAACUGUCCAGGAUAAAGGAAAGUAAAUAAAACACAAGGCAACUGGGGCACUCACUGGGCCUGAAAAAGACUUUUCUUCAUAACAGACAUAUUCCAGCUUCUGUAUUUUUUUUUUUUUUUUUUUAGUUACUUUGGUGGGAUAGCUCUCUGUGAUGAAGCUGCUACCCAACGUUUUAAAGCAUAUAGUACAGAAAAUGUUUACUAAAGACAAUAUCCACAUUUACAUUUACUUUUCCAACUUUGCAUAUGGAGGGUACAUGAAUAAGGCCUGAUGGCUGGAUUUUAGGGUACCGGUGGUGGGGGUGAGGUCAGAAAAAGUGCUAAGGAGGUAAGCGAGAGAAAAGGAACCAAGCUUCUGAGCAACCUAAAGCUAUUUGUGGGUUUUCCACGUGGAAAGGAGGCCAAAGAAAGCUUGUGGGGCAAUUAGGUGAGAGGUGUUCAACUAUGCAGUGACUCUGAAAACCUUCCUCUUCCCCAAAGUUAAUAUGCACAUCCACCAAAGUAUUGCCAAUGCACAUACUCGUGUGAAGGCCAAGCUUGUUUUCCAGAAGUUCAAUGCCAAGUGCCUGAUACAGUCAUCUGCAAGUCUAAACACAUGUAUUUAUCCUUUCUCAUUCUUGUUUUAAUUGGGGGGAUACGGAGAAGUGGUUGUCAAAUCAUGCAUAUUUUACACGGAGAGCCCUGCAUGGCUGGUCUGCUGCAACUGUGCUUUACUGAACAGGAGAGAAGGUAAGGCUUUGUGUCAGAAAGAGGUCUGGGCCUCUUUCCUCUAAAAUCCAUGCCCCCUUACUAGAGGAUGUAUUUUAUAUGCUGGGCAGGUAGUCCUUAAAACCUGAGUGGGAAGUGUGCUCUGGGACUCUAGAAACUUCAAAACUGAAGCUGAGUUUAAGGAUCUAUUUCUGCAUCAAUUCAGUCAACUUGCCUUCAACAAAGAGGAGUUGGCAAGUUCUACAUGUGUUGGAAGGACUACCGCAUCAAAAAGGCAGAGAAACCCAGACUGGGCAGUUGAUCCUGAAGAGAGCUCAUUCCUGUCACCACAUCAGAAGUGCCUAUGAAAUUGAAUCGUCCAGUUUGGGUUGACUUCACCAACUCCACUGUCGACGGAGGGGAAGCUUAAGAUGAGGUGAGAUCAGAGGCCAGGGGCAUCGUUCCCCAAUUUAAUCCUGAGUUUGAUUCUGAAAAAGAAAAGCUGGCUUUGCAUUACGUAGAACCAGCCAAAAAACAAACACGAAUGUUAAUCCUUCUGGAAUUAAGGGAAGCAUCAUUAAAGUUUUCUUUUUGGCAAAAUGUAUCCCCCCACCCCAACAGCAAGAACCUUUGGUUUUCAUUGUACAAGUGCUUUUCCUGGAAACUCUCAUACCCAAUUGCCUCCUCUUCUAUUAUUCAAAGCUUCCCUGUCUUUUUCUUCCAAGACAAGGACGUCUGAGCAGCGGGAGUAAAACUUCACAGGUGUGUAAAUAGGAAAGCAACAUUUCCACAAAGAGCCCGCAUGAUGGCAACUGUUCAUCAUCACUAAAUGCAAACAAAUAAAAACGCCAGUCUCAUUUCCCCCAUUUCUUAAGAGAAGAGAAGUAAAUGAAAGGAGGAAGAAAUAGAUUUGUCAUUAAAAGACAUGUCAGAAAGAUAUAGCUGAGUUGGUUCAAUUUGGCCUUCAGGUGCAGAAUACUCAGAAUUCAAAGGAAUGCAGAGUGGACUUAAUUAGAUGCAAUUGUCUCUAUCCUGAAAGUUGUCAGCUAUGCCUAAUUUCUAGCAUUUGGAAAGAGAUUCUUUUUGUUUCCUUCAAGGGUGCCCUUUUUAAGGCACACGGUCCGUUCCACACUACAGGGUGGAGAGAGAAAGAUUGUGAACCCGCUACCGUCCUUUUGGGGCUACAUUCUACAUUAUUUGGCAGAUUUAUAAGGAGAUCAAUGAUAAUGACGUGUAAUAAUAGCUGCCCUUGUGUUAGUGAAAGGGAGCAUUUUUAAUCCUUCAGAAAUUUUUGUGACAUGUAAAGUGCAGUUGUGAGGAAUGUGUGGGUGUACGAAAAUGUAUCCGUCAAGUUCAGAGUCCUCUAGAUUUAAAAAAAAAUUAUGACUUAUCAAUGGUGCCGUUAUAGCUGUGUCAGACAAUGGGUGUGCCCAUUCUCACAAUUAUCCUUAAAAAAGAAAGUCUAUGUUCAAAUGCUUUAAAAAUUUAUCACAUAAUACAAGAGUAUGACUUUGUCAGCCUUCUAGAGUUCUUUUUUCUUUUAUUUUCUUUCUUAUUUUUUCCUUCAAAAAAAAAUCAAUGAAGAUUUGAUUUCUGUCAAUAAUUGUAUUAAGGGUGAAUAUACUACCUGAAUUUUGUGCAUGUUACAUUGUAGUUGUAACCUUUUCUAAUUCAGGAUGAACACGAGAUGGUUGUGAUUGUGCAGUGUAUCAAUAAAGUUCAAAGAAAUUUGUAA